GCAAGAAGCAACAAACAGGUCAGGCGUCACAGUUUUUUGAGUCGAGCUGCCUUGAGAAAUGGCAUCAGCAUCACCAGCUGCUUCCAUGCUCGACAUGGCGUUGCUCCUUUCAGUCUUUGCCUCCAUCCUUGCAGGAGCGGCGGCCGUUGGGGUGUGCUACGGCAUGAGCGGCGACAACCUGCCGCCGCCGAGCAAGGUCGUCGAGAUGCUCCGCGAGAAUGGCUUCACGACGGUGCGCCUCUACGCGCCGGACAGCGCCGCGCUCGCCGUCCUCGGCGGCACGGGCAUCCGCGUCGUCGUCGGCGCGCCCAACUACGACCUCCACGCUCUGGCCUACGGCGGGACGGCCGCCGCGGCCGCCUGGGUCCGCCAGAACAUCCAGGCCUACCCGACGGUCACGUUCCGGUUCCUCGUCGUCGGCAACGAGGUCGCCGGCGAGGACACGAGGCUGCUCGUCCCCGCCAUGGAGAACGUCCACGCGGCGCUGGCCGCGGCCGGCCUGGGCCACAUCAAGGUGACGACGUCGAUAUCCCAGGCCACCAUCGGCGUCCACAUCCCGCCGUCCGCCGGCGAGUUCACCGACGAGGCGAAGGCGUUCAUGAGAUACGUGGUGCCGUUCCUGGAGCGGACGCACGCGCCGCUGCUGGCCAACCUGUACCCGUACUUCAUCUACUCCUACAACCCGGGCGCCAUGGACCUGAGCUUCGCGCUGUUCACCUCGCCGGGCACGGUGGUGCAGGACGGGGAGUACGGGUACCAGAACCAGUUCGACGCGUCGGUGGACGCGCUGUACACGGCGGUGGCGAAGCUCGGCGGGGAGCACGUGAGGGUGGUGGUGUCGGAGACCGGGUGGCCGACGGCGGGCGGCGUGGCGGCGUCGGUGGAGAACGCGCGGACGUUCAACCAGAACCUGGUGAGGCACGUCCGGAGGGGCACGCCGCGGCGGCCGGGGAAGAAGGUCGAGACGUACGUGUUCGCCAUGUUCAACGAGAACCUCAAGGAGCCCGGCGUGGAGCAGAACUGGGGCCUCUUCUUCCCCAACACCGACAACGUCUACCCCAUCAGCUUCCACGCCCGUGUCUGACGACUCCAUCCAUUGAUCGUAUCUGUACAGAAAUUUGCUGCGAACGCGCGCGGGGGAACAGAUGUUAAUCCAUGCAUCCCUCGCGGGGAAUGCAUUGUGCAUUGGCGCGCGCGUAAUUAAGCACGAGCCUGGAGAUAGACGGGUGUGUGUAGUACGUGUUAUUGUAUCAGUGAUAUGUGAAGGAGAGCAUCUACAUUCUACAAUACGGUAGCCCGGGUGAUACACGAGUCCUGCUUGUGUUUUAGGGCUUACGUGUCCGUGAGCAAUUCUGCGACGUAGUUGAGUUUAGUGAUGUGUAUAGCUUAUUCUUGUCGUGUGCAUGCCAUCUAUAUAUGCCAUUAGUUUACUUGUGAUGUUUUUAAUUAUUUAUUCUUUUAUUUAGAUUCAUUGGGUUACUUUUCACAAU